AAAAAACCAACACGGUGGAGUUUUUGCAAGUGUCACGGAUUUGCGUUUCAAGUACUUCAACUUUCUCAUUCGUAAAAUUUCGUGAAAAACACGAUGGUGCCAUUGGUUUUCUCUGAAAUCAAUUCCGAAGCUCUAAAAUGCUCUCAGAGUUCAGUUUGUAAUGGAGAGGAUAUUCCACGCAACGUUGAGAGUCCAUUAAUUCUACACCUAGUAAAAUUUUCCAUGCAAAGAUAGGGAGCAAAUACAUUAGCAGAAUUGCCGUGGUUACAACUUCGGAGUCUCCAAAUAAAGUGGCAAACCUGCUAAUGUAUUUGCUCCCUAUCUUUGCAUGGAAAAUUUAACUGGAUAUAAAGGUAGACUCUGAGGGCAGUGUUAAACAUCCCCUUCAUUACGGCCUCAACUUUGAGAGCUUUUUUUGAGCUUGGGAAUCGAUUUUAGAGAAAACUAGUGGCACCAUCGUGUUUCGAGCGAAAUAUUACUUAGGAAUAAGUACUUCAGUCGCAAAUCCCGAACACAUGCAAGAGCUCCAUUUCUCAGGUGUUUCUACAUUUUCUUCUUUAGUAGUUUAUUAAAGUAGCUAACCUUUUGUUCAGUUAGUUCUUGAGUAGUACCUUUCAUUUUCUUUUCCGAUUUCUUCAUCUAAUUAAAUAAUAUAUUCUGCUUUUCUCUAUCUAAUUAAUGCAUCUUUCCUGCUUUUCUCCAUCUAAUUAAUGCAUCUUUCCUGCUUUUCUCCAUCUAAUUAAUGCAUGUUUCCUGCUUUUCUUUAUCUAAUUAAUGCAUCUUUCCUGCUUUUCUCUAUUUAAUUAAUGUAUCUUUCCUGAUUUUCUCUAUCUAAUUAAUUAAUAUCUGCUGCUUUUCCCUAUGUAAUUAAUAAUAUCUUCUGCUUUUCUCUGUCUAAUUAAUUAAUCUGUUCUGCUUUUUUCUAUGUAAAUACUAUUCGAAUUUUGUGCCAUUCUGAAUCCCUCCUUCCUGUCCCCCAUAUUUCAAGAUGAUGAUCGUCGAAUUUCAGCCAUAGCCGUGGGAUUACAGCUACGCAACUUGCUGUUUUCCGUGAAUGACGUCGUUGCCCGAGCUUAGCUAGAUUGAUGCUUCAGUUUUUUCAUAGUCACAAUUCAUUCUAUGCAUCUAACACACAUUUUUUUACGGAAAUUCAGAUUCACAAUGAUGGAAACACUUGCUUAGAUCACAGGCCAUAAGGUAAAGGAACGCCCCACCACCCUGCUUCAGAUCACAGAUAAGACUGAGAGAAUGUGGGACAUGAAGAACUGUAACAUCCUCCCCCAUCGUUCCUUCUGUCGCACUAGAAAAAUUAAAAUCUUCUUGUUACUCAAAAUGCUCAUUCACGCGAAAGGAGUUGAAGAAAUAAAUCAGAGAGAAGAAGCAGCAGAAGGAGGACGCAAUAGGCAGCAACAACAGUAGUCACAUCAGCUGCUAAAAUUCCUCGAUUUGAGAAAAUUAGCAAACUGGCGAUCGGACUCAAAAAAUAGUAAUGGCAGCAGGAGAGGAAGAAGUUUUCGCAGUUCGUAGCAGACAGAGAAGAAUCAGCAGCAGAAUUACUACUAACAGCAGUAAUUGCUGUUCUCUAACACAAUAAUUAUUUUUCUCAGCGUUACGACCAACUGUCACGGAAACUGUUGUUUUUGUUGCGAGUUAUGUAUCCAAUUCUUCUCAGUGAGAAAAUCAGGGCUGCCGACUCGUGUGUAAUUUAAGCAUUGACGAGUUAAAUGGGUGUAAUGUUAGUAGUUUGAGAGUAAUCCAAUUAUCUGUGAAUAAUUCAUGAAUAAUUCUCCACCGUAGUGUCUCACGGUGUGAUGAGCGAUCGAUGGAGUCAUAAUCGAUCCUAAAAGAAUUCAUAUCUCGCACGAUUUGCGAGUACUGAGUGAGUAAAAUUGAGAAACAGUGAGAAAAAUGUGAGUAAAAUCGAGAAACAGUGAGCAAAAUGUGAGUAAAAUCGAAAAACUGUGAGCAAAAUGUGAGUAAAAUCGAGAAGCAGUGAGCAAAAUGUGAGUAAAAUCGAGAAACAGCGAGCCAAAUGAGAGUAAAAUGUGAGUAAAAUGUGAGUGAAAUCGAGAAACGGUUAGUAAAGAGUGAGUAAAAUCAAGAACGGAGAAUGAAGAGCGAGUAAAAUCGAGACCCAGUGAGUGAACAGAGAACAAAAUCGAGAAACAUUGAGCGAUAAGUGAGUCAAAUGAAGAACUGUGAAUCGUAGUGAGAAAAAUGGAGAACGAUAAGUAGCAAGUGAGAAAAUUUAUAACGAUGCGUAACAAGUGAGUGAGGAAUAUGGGAAACGUAAGAGUCUCGGCAGCCCUGAUAAAGAUGUACAUCCCAGGGUGAAUAGCUCUUGAUAAGUCGUUGAAAACGUGGGAAAGUCAGGGAUUUUCGCCCAACACUGAAAAGUCAGUGAGUUUCACUGCGGAACUUCGAAAUUCUUUCCUCCAGUCCAGUACUUACCUUCCAUGCCGACGAAGAUCAAAUCCCGGCUUUAAGUCCUUGAAUUUUAGAUUUAAGAAAGUACGGCAGUGAAGACACUUUUCAGUAUGCCCCGAUAAAUCCGGGUUGGAGGGGGGGGGGCAGAAAAAUUCUAGCUUCUUGUAGUAUUCCUUGAAAUAGUUGUCGAAUCUUCAGUCCUCAUUGAUGCAGUAAAUUUGAUGUCCAAACAUGAAACUUGGCAGCAAAUAUUGUUGGUAGGUUUUCUUACGUACAAUCACGGAUUUUCGCUUCGAAACUAAAAUCUCACGUCAAGUCGAACGAUGAAUUAUAAGCGCUGAUGCGGCUAAUGGCUAGCAUCCACGAUACUGGCCUAACGUUAAACUAUUCAAUUUAUGUUUUAUCAGGUAUACAAAAACGAAGCAUACGUUAAUUAUGUGGGACUUAUAAAGCAAGCAAAUAAAUCAAAACAUAAAUAAUUGGAAAUUAUUACAUCUGUAUCUGUAAGUUAAUAUAUUGGAGCUGGAAGAACAUGCAUUAAGUAUGCUUGGUUUCUUCCCCUUUUUCGUUUUUUGACUAUCCACAAGAAACUUUUCUCGUGGUUGUAUUAUUCUGGUUUCAAGAUACGCCGUUUAUUAUCAUUAACAUCAUUUUAUUUUCAUGAUUUUUCCUAUCUUGUUUUCAUGUCAUGUAUUAUUGUAAACGCCUUAUCUGAGCAGAAUUGAAGUAAGUUAACCACACAUGAUUCAAUUCCUGGUGAAUCUGGAAUUUUUUUAACCAUUUCUAACUUAACGAUUUUUGGCCAAUUUUUAGUGCGCAGUGCAAUUCCAGUGAAAGUGUGGUGUCGUGAGUGCUUACGGCUUGGCGUCGGGCAAUUUCACAGCUCUCAUCUGGAUUGAUAGCUGCGAGACUCUCAUAAGGAAACGGAAGCAUGUCCGAAACGGCAGGAGGCUGAAUCAUCGAUGGACGAAACCAGCUGAAAACUCCUGAAUCAAUCCCCAUUUUUGCCCGGUUUUAGUUCGGCUGAAACCCAGCAGAGGUUAUGGUGAAGCAUGGGAACGCGGCAGCCGAGUAUUUGCAGAGUGCCCCAAUCCGACGGCUGCGACACCCGCUAGAUGAAAGUCCAUUCUGGGCCAUCUUUUGCUCAACACUUGGUGAUACCUUGGCUUUUGUGGCCAGUCUACCAAUAAUUGCACUUCUUGUCAUUAUCUUACCGGUAUUUUCUCUUACCAGAUGGAUCCUACUCCUUGCCUACUGGAACACACGCCGCAGGUGCUUCAGAGUAAGUGGUGGAGUGGAAUCAAUGCGAGGUCAGGACGCCAAGUGGUUAGGUAGCGCAUGGCAGCGUUCGGUGCUCCAUGCAGUGCUCGUUUUUGACUCCCGGCUUGAUCUGAUGAGGCUGAAGCAAGCCCUCCUUCAGCGUGUGAUCCCAUUCUGUCCUCGCCUAAUCUCGAAGCCGUUUGCGCUGCCACUCACGGCCGGUGCUGGCCAUUGUUGGCUUCCAGACUCCUCGUUUGAUAUACACCGACAUGUCUUCCAUGCACCAGAGCUUUCUCAGGAUCAUGGUGCUACAAAGUUACAGGAUUAUGUAGGGAAGCUUUUAAGCAAAAGUCUGUCUGCUGAUAAACCACCAUGGGAACUUCACGUCAUGCCUCGAUCAGUAGAAACUACUGUGUCCUCUCCGUGUGAAGCUCCAGACACUAUCGUCAUUCUGCGAAUUCAUCAAAGCCUUGCCGAUGGCACAUCUUUAGUCAAAUUACUUUGCCAAAAUCUCUCUGAUACCAAAGUAAACUGGACCACUCCCAAGAAAUUUGGACGCAUCCAAUUCUGCUACUUGUACAUCCGUGCGUGCCUCAUCUGCCCACUUGCUCUGUGUUGCUGGCUCCUGACUUCACGGAAGGACCGCAACCUAAUAAAUGGGCCACAAAAAUGGACCAAUCACAAUGUUGUAUCUAUGUCUUCAAUGUUAAGCAUGAGCAAAGCAACCCGCAUCAAACAAGUAACACGUUCAUCAAUGAACUGUGUCGUUCUUUCUGCGUUUGCGGGAGCUUUGAGAUUGUUUUUGCAAAGUUGUGGAAUUAGACAUCCACCCGACAUGAAGAUCGUGAUUCCUGUGAACAUGAACCAAGGGGGCAUGUCAGUCCAGCCAAACAUUAACGGUAAAGUUUCUCCGGUUGUUAUGACUCUGCCUGUGAGUAUUGAGGGAGCUUUGCCACGCUUGUGGUACACGAGAAGUCGCCUCAAAACACUGCGGUCAUCCAUCGAUCCCUUCGUUCUCUAUGUAGCCACUUCAGCUCUAAUGUCAAUCGCACCUGGCUCAUGUGUCCGAUCGCUUAUUUCUGCUGUCACGGAGAAAACGGCAAGCGUGCAGUUCAGCUGGCUUUCUGGGCCAACGUCACCUGUAGCAAUCAGCGGUAGCGAACUGAAAGCAAUAUAUUCUUUAGUCCCUGCUCAAAGCGGAAUUGGAAUAGCAGUUUCUGUGAUCACCUACUCCGAACAAAUUUAUCUCACUGUUGCCACUGAUGCUGCUCUCGGACAAACUGGAGAAAUCCUUUUACAUCAUAUCAACCUACAGAUUAACAAGUUGUAUGAGCUACUUCAUAAUAGGAGGAUUCCUGGUGAAGGUCAUCGAUCAGAUGCAGUUAGUCUGUCAACAUUCCCCAAUAUUCGAACCGCCCCUGUCGAUAGUAUCGUGGAACGAAUGUACAAAGUGCAGCAAGAAAUCCAAAGGAUCUGUGAAAAUAAACGACCACCUCUCAUCGAAAGAGAAAGAUGUCAGUGUUUAAAGGCAGAGUUUACAGUUUUACUAAAAGAACUUCGAAGGAGGAAAAGUCAAAACAAUCAACAAAAACACAAAAAAACUCAAUUACCCCAGGAUCUGGACAGUGAUGACUACGCUCAAGGUCUACGGCAUCGUCGAUCUAUGUCCUGCCCUUUCAUGGUUCGACCCAAUCUCUCUACCCUCAACAUUUUGGCCAAUGCACACGGACUCCAUCACAGUGAGAACAGCCCAAACAGCAGUCCGCUCAAGAAUCUUAGCCCUGCCAGUCCACUGAAAAAUCCCUGUGCAUCAAGUCCAGUCCCGAGAGGAUCAAUAACUUCACCUCUUAAAAACAUUCCAGUGAAUGCCCCCCGUGCUAACCAUUUCCCCUCACAAGUGUCUUCUCCUGUGGAUCAUCCACACAACCGCACGUUAACUAGUGUCAAGAGCACUAUUUUCUCAUCGACGCGAGUCUAUGACGUAGACGAAUCUCAGAACCACGCUAGAAAUGUGCCCAGUUUUAGUUGCUCUUGCGCUGAAGAGCACAGGACCAGUUUCACGAAUAGUCACGAUAACUUUCUCUAUUCUCCGCAAGAUUUGGAGCCGGUUAAGUCUUCCCAACUUUCCAGUAGUUAUGGUCGGCCCCUGUGUAGAAACAACCAAACCAUUAUCAAGAUGCCUGAGUAUGUGAUGCCAGAGUUAUCGACCAUUAUUGCCUACGACAAUGCUCUUCCAAUUAAUAGUACAUCCGUAGAUAUAUAGUUCAAUUUGAUUCUCAUGUAUUCAUUCCUAAGCGAAAUUUUUCCAAGUUUGAAUUGUCGUCGAGUCGAUGAGAUGAACUCAUCGAAAUCUCGGAACCUGCUUCCAACUAUUUAAAGUAGUCAAAUUCAGCUGGUGUAACAUCUUUUAUACUCACCAAUGAAAAUUUUUUCGGUUUCAACCCUCUAAGAUCUCUUUAGUUCUGCUGGUUUUUGUAUGGUGACGCUAUUUUGAUCCAUUUUUUGAGCUGAAACAGAACUCAAGAGAUUAUCUCUACUGGUUCAGUUGCCAAUUAAGUUUAUGAAUAGCGCUUAAAGUCAACUUUGUCUUUCUUUUAUCUCCUGUCAUGUGGAAUUUUAAACAAUUGACCAUCCAACGGGUUCUGCUGUCAGAUUCAUUUAUCAUGGAUAAGUGUCUAUAUAAAAGAGAUAUUGUCUCAACACACGCAAUGAAGGAGGUCUGGUGAUUGGAAGAUUGUUCUGAUUCUAAAUGGGUCGCAGGAUUCCUUUUAAGUCUGUCCCUAAAAUUUGAAUGUUUAUUUUAUUUUUAUAUCUUUUUUGCCUCUGUAUCAGUUCAUUGAUAGUUCUCAAAGGCUAAUAAGUAAGUGGCCAUUUUGUCAUCGUAUCAAAAAAUUUGAUUUGAUGUGUGUCUCUAUUCCAUUGUUUGCUUUAGUUCUUGCCUGUGGCCCAAAUUUUUUUGGUUUACUGUUGAUUCCAAAUCUAGUAAACAAAAGCUGAAUCAGUGAGCACAACAAAUCAGAAGCCUCACUUUCAACUUAGAAGUGACUCGAAGCGGCCACAAGUUUACACCUAGCUGGUCAACAAAAUUUGGGCCCAGGUAUUUUGCUCCUGAAAUUUUACAAAAUUUCAUUUUAAAUUAAAAAUUUAACUUGUAAAUUUAAUGAUUUUUUAGGCAAGAUGGACUUAGGACAAGAUGGUUUCCGGACAAUUUCUUUAUGAUCACCAUCCCUUUAUAUUAGUUAGUUAAAGUAAACAGUAUUUUUUUAAGUAACCUUAUCCUUUCAAAAGUAGAGAGGGUGCAUUUAUAAUUGAAAUUUAACAUCCAUUUUUAGUCUACUUUCAGAUUCAUUCUCACGUUGAAAAAUUUUUCAUUAAAUAUUUCAUAUUCGUUUUCUCUGAAGGACUACACUCGGAACAACAAGAAAUAGGGCACUAGCUUAGCCUCAAAAGUUUUUGAUAUGAUGUUCCUCAGGAUCUCCAGAGUAAGAUGAGCUUUUAAAACCAAACUGUCAGUGCAAUAAUCUCGAGUCUGAAAUGUUCAUGUAACGUGAAUUUUAAAGUAUUUUCAAGUGGGAAAAUGUACGGAGUAUGUUUUAACGGAGGAGCGAGCUUUUCUUUCCUUGUCUCGUCUUCCUUUUUCAUCAUUCUUUAACUCGGCGACGGCGCCACCUUUCCAUAUACUUAACUUUUUAAAGUGCAAAAAAAUGCGCUUUUUAUAAACGAUUUUCUUGAGAUUGGCUCUCAUAGAAAGUUCUAUUUUGAAAGUUCAGCUUAUUCAGCUUGAGUAUCUCAUAAAAAAAAAUCUUGCAAUUUAGCCAUCCUCAAAUUUCUUAGUAUUCUGGGCGUAGUUAGUCAUUUCAACUCCACCAGAUCUGGAAAUGUGGUUCACCAAAUCUAUCAUCAUGGGUAUAAACUCGGUACUUUUAAAAUACGCAAAUCUUAGCAAGCAUACAUCGGACAUGAAAUGUCAAAGCGUAUGGCUCUCUUUUCUUACUUCAUUUUUUGUUCGGUUAGUUUUUUCUUCCUCUGUAGUGAAAAUUCAGUUUUCAUUAUCUCAUUCUUCAUUAAAUUUUAAUGUUAACAUUUUUAAUUUGUCGAAAGUUCUCUUUUAGACUGUACAACUAUUCCAAACUGAAAUCUAGUUCAGUCCACUUUUAACUUUACUUGUGAUUCUGGAAACUUAAUCUUGUUACAUUCAUAGUUACGUCUCUAGCUGAAACAAUUAGAAUAUUUCUCUUUUAGCCUUAUCUUUGUAUUUUUAUUCUUUCUUGAAUCUCUGGCUGAUGGAUGGAUAUUUGUUCUCAAAAGAAAAAAUGACAAACAAUUAGUAAGUUAUGUUUACCAAGUACAAUAUUGCUCCGAUCAUCUGACAAUUUAUGACGAGGGCUGCCUCGGAUAUCGAAAAUGUCGGAUAAUUGAAGCCACUAAACAAAGGCUGACAAAACGCCAUCUCAAGCUCUGUUUGUAAUCAAGUAGACACAAAAUUUGGCCAAUUUUUUUUUUUUGUAAAACUAGGCUAUUCAAUUGGAAAAAAAGCACACACACACACAUAAAAAGAAAAAACAGAUUCAUUCAAUUCUGACCCAAAAAACCCGUGUUUGUCCUGUCAGAUAACUUGUAGUUGACAAAAAACUCAAUAGACUACAUCAGAUAAAUGAAGUGUCGAAUAAUAAGGGCCUUAAUUUCAUUCGUGAGAAUUAGCAAUUGUGUAAUUAUUUGCACUUAAGUUCUCGGAAAGAGAAAUAAAAAUUGCCAUGUUCAGUACACCACUGUUUAAAUCCAGUCAGUUCAGUCCAAAUUUUUCAGUAUUUUGUAUGGUACAGUAUAAAAUCACAAGAAAACUUGUACAAUUUCGUUUUUUAUACUUCCUUUAACGUUACAACUUACUACAUAAGCACAUUCUUCCAAAUAUUAAAUUCUAUAGUCACUCAAGUUAUUUUGAUUUAAAUGGUAUACCUGAGAAAAAAAUGUAAACAUGGCAUUGGAGUUUCUCGGUUUUUGCUAAGGCAAGUAAGAUCAAGACUUUUUUCAACUCUAAGUGUUUCUUGAUAUCUUUAGUUAUCUUUCGAUAUCUCCAGAUAUCUAGAGCUCUUCUUGUCUCAAGGAGUGCCAUUUCAAAAGAAUACUUACUGACUCUGUUGUUAUUGUGUUCUGCAUUUAACUUGGAAGGAGAUUCAUGUGCAGUUAUAUUGUUCUGUCACAUUUACUCUUAUUUUUAAAAUUUCUAUCACAUUAGUCUAAUAAAGCAGGCAACUUGUAAUUGAUUUACUCAUUAUGUCAAUUUUUAAAACUUUUUAACCAAUUUAACCCAUUAUCAUGCUGGUGAGAAGGUGAAUGAUCAAUCUUUUGCGUUCAAGGACUAGUUUGAGUCAUCAUCUGCAGAGCUGUAGUAAAAUUUGAAUAAUGAUUAAAUAAGAACAGAGCGUGCAAGAUUUCUAUGGAUGAAGCCAUUUCAUCUCCAGACCAGAUUUUGUAUCUCAUAAAUAGUGUCUGCAUAAAAAAUAAAAAAUGCCAUUUUUUGGCUGAUUUUUUUUUUCUUUACUAUAACAAUGUACCUUCACCAAGAAUAGGGCAUGCUGUGAAUUUUAAAAACUAUCAUUUAUUGCACCUUGGCACUGCAUCAUCAAAGUAAAAGUUUAUCUCUUCCCUCAAGUCUCUCUCUAUGUUACUUUUAUCAAAUUAUUCUUGUUCGAUUAUAAUCAGGCCCAUUUUUUAACAUUUUUUUUUACAUUUUUCUAAUUUUUAAACGAGCAUUUGAUUUAAAGUCUCCCAAGAAUUUGUAUAUGAGCUAUCGAAUAGGUAGCGGGGAUAGGAUGUGGGCGGUUUUAUCCUGAGUGUUAAUGAAAAUCUACACAAUUCAACUAGUGUUAUUCAAUAGCAAUUACAUUCUUGCAUAUCACUUUUAAAUUUUCAUACAGCUGUUGUCUCUAUCUUUUUCAGCAUUAAUCGUCGUUGCUCACACUUUAGUCUCUGAUAAGAGGAAAUAGAGGGUAAUGUUGUAUGAUUCUAGAGACUGAGAGCUAUGUUUUGAAUGGAAAGAAAUGAAUGGAUAUUUUACGUCACAAUAUUGUGGAUCUAUGACUGCAUCCUUAGCUGGCGCUGAUUAGUUUCUACUGGGGUUUCUCACAGGUUACCUCAGAGGACAAAGUUACUUUGAAGUGUGCUAGGUAGUUAAAAAAGAAAAUCUAGUCUGUAAAGAUUCUGUAACUUCAGAGCAAUUAUUUUUUUGUUCAAUUUGCUUCUCAUUACUGUAGAAAUCAAAGUUCUAUACACCUGUUUUGUUUUAAUAAAGUUUUUUAAAUGUUUUAA